AUGCAUUUCCGACUAAUUCUCUCCGGUUUUCCACAAUCAUUAUAUUCCUGUUCAGUACAAUUUCUGCAUAUCGAACUUCAAGAUGUGAGCCCCAUCGUGUAUCAUCAUAAUUUGACGAGUGCAUCAUAUGGAUGCUAUAACGUCUUAAAGAGUCUCUUGGAUUAAGCUCAUCUAAGAGCAACCCAGCUCUCUGAAUAUGUUCUGCGUUCCAUUCUACCUCAUUAACUAAUAUUGCCACUUCUUCAUCUGUAGCUCUCGCAAUAUCACGCUGAUAACUGCGAGCUAUUAGUCUUCUAAGAAUUUGUUGUUGAUCAUUUUGUAGAUCUUGUUGUUCAGAUCCACCAUGCAAUCCUCUAAUUAUAGACCUGAAAAGGCAGUCACCAUCUCC